UCCGGUCGCCCAGCGCUGCAUAUUUGGAGACUUGAGCAGGUUGUGGCAGUUUAAUCUGAAGUCUUUAAAUAUUGACACGUUUAUAAAUCGUUUUGUCUCGCAAAGGGAUGUUUCGCAGAAAGCUUGCAGCUUUAGAGUACCACAACCCGACGGGAUUUGAUUGUAAAGAUGAAACAGAAUUCAGAAAUUUCAUAGUUUGGCUGGAAGAUCAAAAAAUCCGUCACUACAAAAUCGAGGACAGAGGAAACCUCAGAAACAUCCCCAGCUCAGACUGGCCUAAAUACUUGGAAGAUUACCUUCAAGAUCUGAAGUGUCCAUUCAGCGGUAAAGAAAGACCGGAGAUCGUUGACUGGCUUCUGGGUCUUGCUGUUCGUUUUGAGUAUGGAGAUAAUGUUGAGAAAUAUCGAAACUGCAAACCUAAAAAGGAGGCGGCCAAUGAUGCUCAGAAGCCUGCCGACCCGUUGAUAAAUUUGGACAGUAACGAUCCAGAUUUUAAGGCUGGCGUGUUGGCCCUUGCAAAUCUUCUUAAAAUUCAACGACACGAUGACUAUUUAGUAUUGCUUAAAGCCAUUCGAAUUCUGAUACAGGAACGUCUGACCCCUGAUGCAAUCGCAAAGGCCAGUCAAUCAAAAGAGGGUUUACCUGUUGCUCUGGACAUGCAUAUUUUAGGAUUUGAUACUGGAGAUGCGACUCUGAAUGAAGCAGCCAGGAUCCUUCGCUUACUUCACAUCGAGGAGCUCAGAGAGCUACAAACCAAGAUCAACGAAGCCAUUGUAGCGGUUCAGGCUAUUAUUGCUGACCCCAAGACAGACCACCGUCUAGGAAAGGUGGGCAGAUAAAAACAUCUGCCUGGACUUUGAUGGAAAGACUCCACAUGAGAUGCUUUGUGAAAUAUGCUUGUUUUCAUUAACCGCGCCACAGAAAUUUCCUGGGAAGUCAGUGGAAAAAACAAAAACAGUUUUUUUUCUUUAUUAUAUUUUUGUUUUGCCCUGUAAUUUAAAGAUGCAAAGAUUUGUUGGGAAAGUAAUUUGUACUCUGAAUGUGGAGGCACUUAUGAAUUGUCAGAUGGAUUACACAAAAAUGGGUUACAUGCUUUUGUUGCAUAAUAAAACGUAAUGGCCAUACUGUACCAUA